AUGUACUGUGUAAUCUCUGAAUUUGAAGCUGACAAGAAGGCUGCUGCAGAUAAGAAGGCUGCAGCCGAUAAGGCUGCAGCAGAUAAGAAGGCUGCAGCAGAUAAGGCUGCUGCAGAUAAGAAGGCUGCAGCAGAUAAGGCUGCUGCAGAUAAGAAGGCUGCAGCAGAUAAAGCUGCUGCAGAUAAGAAGGCUGCAGCAGAUAAGAAGGCUGCUGCAGAUAAAGCUGCACCACCUAGCAUUGUGGUCGAUGAUGAUACUGAUAAAAAAGGUAAACCUACGAAUGAUAAGGACAGUGCUAAAAAGCCUUCAAAAGAUAAAAAAGUUAAUGGGGAAAAAGAACAAGAUAAAAGUGAUAAAUCAAAACCCAAACAAAGGGGUUAUAAAAAGAAGCCUACAACAAUUUUAGAAGGAGAUGACGAAGAAGAAGAAGAUGAAGGUGAUGAUGGAGGGGAGGUGAAUGGAGGACCGGCACCGGGUUCUACUGAUGAUAAAUCUAAUAAACCUGCACCUAAAGCAGGGUCAGGAGCAAUCUUUACUUCCAAACCAGAUAAUGUUGUGGUCGUUGAAGGUGACCCUGUCAGAGUAUCUAUUGGAAUUGACUGUCAGGGAAGUGGCAUGCCUACUGUCAAAUUCCAACGAGCUGGUCGUGAAAUUCGUGAUGACAGUCGAACAGCUAUCAGUGUCUCUAAAAGUGGAGCUGAUCUUGAAAUUAAGAAAAGUCGACAAACUGAUGAAGCUAAAUAUUCAGUUAUUCUUGAACAAGAUGGUCAUACCACUGACACAGCUACAUUCAGUGUUUUUAUUAAAGAUCAAAAAGAUUCAAGUCUGGAUUUCAGAAAUCUUCUUAAACACAGAGAACAAGGUAAAAAAGGACAGGAUGAUGAAGAGGUUGACUGGGGAAGUUUAAAACCAGUUGACAAAAAAGGUCGUCGUUUGUCUCAAAUUGAAGUGAUGAAAAAGAACUUGAAGAAAGUUCCUGAAGGAAGUGACAGUGAAGAAGAAAAGGAAAAGAAGAUAGAGCAACGUAGAGCCUCCAUUGAGCCAACAGACGUCAAAGCUCUGAAUGCUGAUCAGUUAGAAGCUCUUGAACAGCAGCAACGACGUUCUUCAAUGCAACAGCGCAGAACUUCUUUAGCAGAUUGUAUUCCUGAUUGGCCCACGCUUCAAAAAGCUAAGAAAAAGAAGGAGGAAGUGGAAACAUUUUUGGAAGAUCUUGAAGAUCAGAAGACUUUGGAAGGCACUAAAAAGAUCAAAAUGGAGUGUGUCUUCUGCAAGGGAAAUCCCAAAGUAAAAUGGUUCAAAAAUAAAAUGGAGAUUUUCCACAGUCACAAGCAUCAUUUUGAACUUGAAGAUAACAAAGUUAUCCUUACUAUCAAUAGCGUCAAACUAGAAGAUGGUGGAAAAUACACUUGCCAAUGCAACAAGGUCUCUACAUCAGCUUGGCUUUAUGUUGAAGCCAAGGAACCAGAAUAUUACUUCACCCAGAAACUACCUGAAGUACAUGAUUGUGUUAGGAAUAAAGUUUGUAUGUUGGAGUGUUUUGUGUCUGAUACUAGAGCUCGUGUCAAAUGGUAUAAAGGAAACGAAUUGUUGGAGUACACACCUGGAAAGUAUGAAAUUCAACGUCGUGAAAAUCGUUGUAUUUUAAGAAUUAUAGAUUGCUUGCCUGAAGAUGCUGGUGAUUAUUCGUGUAAAUGUGGAGUAUCAGAAACCAAGUCUAAUGUUGUUGUUAAAGAUCCUGAAUGGGAGUUCAUGAAGAAACUAGAAGAUGUUGAGGCUGUAGAAAGAGAAAAGGCCAUUUUUGAAUGUGAUGUCAGUGACCCAGAAGCAGAAGUCACAUGGUAUCGUGAUGACAAGGAACUUAAAUCUGGUGGAAAGUAUGAGUUUGCUAAAGAGAAUCUGAAACGCCGUCUAAUUAUUAAGAACUGUAAUAUUAAAGAUGAUGGUAAAUACAGUUGUAAAAUGUUGAGUCAAGAAACAGCUGCUGAUCUCUUUGUUGGACCUGAUAUUAGGUUUAUGAAGAAAUUAGCUGAUGUUCAAGUAAAGGAAAAUAGUAACUGUGUAUUGGAAUGUAAAGCUAUCAAUACACAUAAAGAUCCACAUAAAUGGUUUAAAGAUGGCAAACCAUUUGAACCAGGUGCAAGACAUGAAGUGAGCCAGAAGGGAGAAUCAUAUAAAUUGACUAUAAAGAAUGCUAAGUUUGAAGAUCAGGGUGACUAUAUGUUAAGAAUUGGUGAAAGACCCACCAAAUGUAAAGUCACUGUAUUAGAACUGCCCAAACCACCCAAGAUUUCAUUAGGUGAUAUACCAAAGGAAAUCAAAGUGAAGAAAGGUGAAAGAAUUGAUAUCGACAUACCAUUUAUUGGUGCUCCACAACCUGAUGCCACAUGGAAGAAAGAUGGUACUGACAUCAGUCCUGCUGACAUUGAUAUGCAGACUACACCAAGGAAUGCUAAACUGGUUAUUCCUUUUGCUGAAUGUACAGAUAGUGGUACCUAUGAACUCACUUUGAAGAAUGAAGCUGGCACAGACAAAGUUCCUAUCAAAGUUGUUGUUGUUGAUAAACCUGGUCGACCCAAGGGUCCAUUAGAUGUUAUGGAUAUCUUUGCUGAAAGAUGUGCAUUAAUGUGGGAUAAACCAACAAACGAUGGUGGUUCACCCAUUACUGGCUACGUGGUAGAAAAACAAGACACAGCUACUGGUAAAUGGGAGAAAGUUUGUGAAACAGAUGCUGAAGAUUUAGAAGUAGAUGUUAGUGAUCUUACCACAGGUCAUAAGUAUGCCUUCCGUGUUUCUGCUGUAAACGAGUUUGGUGUUGGUGAACCAUUAGAAACUGAUGGUGAAAUCUUGGCUAAAGAUCCCUGGGAUCCAUCGGAUGCACCCGGUGUGCCAUCCAUUCUGGAUUACGAUAAAGACUAUGUUGAAGUUGGUUGGGAUCCACCUAAGGAUGAUGGUGGUGCCCCCAUUCAGGCUUAUCAGAUUGAGUAUAGAGAAAAGGGCAAAGGUGACUGGAAAAAGGGAGUAGAAGUACCAGGAACACAAGAGAAGGGUACAGUAGAUGGUUUGGUUGAAGGAAAAGAAUAUGAAUUCCGUGUUGCUGCUAAAAACAAAGCUGGUUUAUCACCAUUCAGUGAAUGUUCUGGUCCAAUUGUUACCAAAUCUAGAAAAGUUAAACCAAGAAUUGAUGAGCGAACACUUCCUCAGAACAUUAAGAUUAAGGUUGGACAGAAAUUAAAUCUACCAGUUGAUUUUGUUGGUGAACCAUUACCAUCUGUUAAAUGGGAACUUAAGGCUAUUAAAAAGGAAUCAGAGCCUAUUGAACCUAGAGACGGUUUGACCAUUAAAUCUGGUCCUUUAUCAUCUGUUUUGAAUAACGAUAAAGCUGUACGUAAAGAUACUGGUGAAUAUAUUAUUACCAUUGAAAAUAAACAUGGUAAAGAUUCAGCUGUCAUUAAUGUGGUUGUUCUUGGACCGCCUAAUAGACCUGAAGGACCAUUGGGAGUUAAAGACAUCAGUAAGGACAGUGCAACAGUCACCUGGAAGCCUCCAAAGGACGAUGGAGGUGCAGGAAUCAAUGGUUACCGUGUUGAGAAGUUUGAUAUGUCGAAAGGAAAAUGGGAGAAAGUGGCAACAGUACAAGGCAAUAAAUGUGUUGUACCUAAACUACAGGAAGGUCAUGAAUACAAGUUCCGUGUUAUUGCUGAAUCUCCUAAUGGCGACAGUGAAGCAUUAGAAUUAACUGAUCCCAUCUUAGCUAAAAAGCCAUUUGAUGAGCCAAUGCCACCAGGAGUACCAUAUGCUACAGAACAAGCCCGAGAUCACAUCACCUUGGCAUGGGAACCUCCAGAGAACGAUGGUGGUUCACCUGUGACAGGCUAUGAAGUAGAACGAAAAGAUCCUAAAACAGGCCGAUGGAGUAAAAUUACAAAAGUUCCUGUUGAGGAUACAACUUAUACUGAUGAUAAAGUACAAGCAGAGAAAGAAUAUGAGUACCGAGUUACAGCUAUUAAUGAAGCUGGUCCAUCAGAACCUAGUCUUUCCUCUAAACCUAUCAUUGCUAAACCACUUAAAGAGGCUCCUAAGUUAGAUUUAUCAAGUUUGUUUGGUGCUAAAGAGAUCCGAGUUCGAGCUGGUGAACCAUUAGAUAUUAAACUAGGUAUAACUGGUGCUCCUGCUCCAACUGUAGAGUGGUUACAGAAUGGUAAACCACUUACACCUGGCAGAGCUCAGACAGCCAAUGAUGAGAAAGAUGCAAAAUUCCACAUCCCUAGAUCACUGAGAAGUGAUACUGGUAAAUACACAGUCAAAGUAUCUAAUGCUAUGGGUGAAGAAACAGCUGAUAUCAAUGUUGUUGUCCUCGAUAAGCCUGCUGCUCCAGAAGGACCAUUAAAUGUCAGUGAUAUUACGGCUGAAACAUGUAAACUGUCAUGGCAGGAACCAGCAGACAAUGGUGGUGGUGACAUCACAGGUUACGUUGUUGAGAAACAAGAAGAAGGUUCGAAUGUCUGGGAGAAAGUUCCUGGUGUUGUUUCUGGAACCUCACACAAUGUUAAAGGUCUUAAAGAUGGUAAACAAUAUACCUUCCGUGUCAAAGCUGAAAAUAUUUACGGCGUUGGUGAACCACUGGUAGGAACAAAGAUGACUGCCAAGAAUCCAUUUGAUACACCUGAUGCUCCAAGAGAUUUAGCUAUAGAUAAAUAUGAUAAAUAUUCCUGUAAUUUGGUAUGGAAGGAACCAGUUUCUGAUGGUGGUAAUCCUAUUAAAGGUUAUCAGAUUGAUAAGAGAGUUGAUGGUAGAGAUUGGCAGAAGGUUAAUAUCUAUCCUUGUAAAGAUACCACCUUUAAUGUACCAAACCUACAGGAAGGUUCAGAUGUUGAGUUCCGUGUGAUGGCUAUCAAUGAUGGAGGGGUGGGUAAACCCAGUAAAACCACACCAUCACAUACAGUCCGUGAUCCUAUCUUUGCUGUUGGUUCCCCAGGAACACCAAAUGUUGACAAAAUCACCAAAAAUAGCGUUGACCUCUCCUGGAGCAAACCAUCCAAUGAUGGAGGAUCAAAGAUUACUGGUUAUGUUAUUGAGAAAAAGAAGAAGGGAGAAGAUUGGAUGGAAGCAGCUGCUGUAUCAGCCAAUACACUCAAUGCUACUGUUCCAAAUCUUAUCGAGGGUGAAGAAUAUGAGUUCCGUGUUCGAGGUGUGAAUGCUAUUGGCCCUGGUGAUCCCAGUAGACCAACAAAAACCAUCAAAGCUGAAGAUCAACCACAAAAACCCAAAUUGGAUAUGUCUGGUGUUCGAGGUAUCACUGUUAAAGCAGGUCAGCCGUUCCAGAUCCGUGUUCCAUUUACUGCUACACCUAAACCUAGAGGAGCUUGGGAAGUUGAAGAAAAAGAUGUGGAAGAUUCACCUCGUGUAUCUAACACAGUUUCUGAUGAUAUGGCUUUACUUGCUGUUGCUAAAUCUGUACGUGGUGAUAGUGGUAAAUACAAACUCACCCUUACCAAUCCAUCUGGUUCAGAAUCUGGUUACUGUAGAGUAACUGUUCUUGACAAGCCUUCUGCACCAAAAGGACCCAUCACAGCUACUGAUAUGGAAGGUGACUCUUUGACCUUGAACUGGAAUCCACCAGAAGAUGAUGGUGGUGAAAAGAUUUCUAACUACAUUGUUGAGAAAAGAAAGGCUGGUAGCGGACGAUGGCAGAAAGUCAGCAGUUUUAUUAACACUCCAUCAUGUAGUGUUCGUAACUUGGAGCCAGGCACAAAAUAUGAUUUCAGAAUUUGUGCUGAAAAUACACAUGGUGUCAGUGAACCACUUGAAACAGAUGAAGCAAUUCUUGCUAAACUACCUUAUGAUCCACCAGGUACUCCUUCCACACCAAAAUGUGUUUCCACCACAGAAGAUUCUAUAACAUUAACCUGGAAUCCUCCACGUAAUGAUGGUGGUUCUCCUAUAUUAGGUUAUAUGGUGGAAAAGAGAGAGAAGGGUUCUAAUAAUUGGACUAAGGCAAAUCUAAUGGAUAUACCUGAUAAUGAGUUCACUGUAAAGGGUCUACAAGAGGGGAAAGAAUAUGAAUUUCGAGUGUGUGCUGUUAAUGCAGCAGGCCCAGGAGACUAUAGUUCCUGCUCUGAUGCCAUCAAGGCCCAACCUCCACCAAUGGCUCCAAAGAUUAAUAAAGAUUUAAUGAGUGGACGUGACAUCAUUGUUAAAGUUGGUGAUCCAUUCAAAAUCUCUGUUCCAUACAAGGGCAACCCUAUUCCUACAGUUACAUGGGGAUUGGGUGGUGUUUCUGUUCGUGAAUCUGACAGAAUUAAGUUCACCAAUAAACCAGAUGAAAUUCUUCUUCAAUGUAAAGCCGCUGAGAGAGGUGACCAUGGAAAAUAUAACUUACUAUUACAAAAUGAGAAGGGCAUGGAUUCUGUAAAUGUCAAUGUUGUCGUUGUAGAUGCUCCAAGUAAACCAGAAGGACCUAUUGAUGUCAGUAAAGUUACACCCGAUUCUUGCUUCUUAUCGUGGAACCCACCAAAGGAUGCCCACAGUAAUCCCGUCAGUAACUACCGUGUAGAGAGACAAGAUCUUAAAACAGGUAGAUGGGAAAACUGCAGCAAAUUCAUCCGUGGUACAACCUAUGAGGUGAUGGGACUACAGGAAGGUCAUGAAUAUCAAUUCCGUGUAUUUGCUGAGAAUGAACAUGGUGUGAGUGAACCAUUAGAGACUACAACUGCUACUAUAGCUCAACAUCCCUUCCGCUGUCCUGAUCCACCAUCUGAUCAGGAGAUUAUUGAUGUUGAUGAAACUGGUGUAGUUUUAACCUGGAAGAGACCUAAAAAUGAUGGUGGUAAAAAGAUUCAGGGAUACGUUAUUGAAUAUAAAGAUCCUACAUCAUCUAGGUGGAAGACAUACAACGAAUUUCCCAUGUCUGAAACUACUACUACUGUUGAUGGAUUAAGUAAAGAUAAAGAAUAUGAGUUUAGAGUUAAAGCUAAGAAUGCUGCUGGAUUCAGUGAACCUUGUAUGUCCACUGGACCAGUUCUUCUUAAAGCCAAAUUCAGUAAACCAUCAACACCUGGUGUACCAGCACCUGUUGGUACAGGUAGAACUUAUGUUGACCUUAAAUGGGAUCCACCAAGAUCAGAUGGUGGAACCAAACUUAAAGGUUAUAAUAUUGAGAAGAAAGAGAAGGGUAGUGAUAAAUGGUUCCGAGCUAAUGAGUUCCCUAUUACUGAUAGCAACUUUACUGUAACAAAUCUACCAGAAAAUUCAGAAUAUGAGUUCCGAGUAGUGGCUCUAAAUACUGCUGGCAGCAGUGAACCCAGUUUACCAUGUGCUCCUAUUAAAAUUAAAGAGAAGAUCGUUGGCACUGAGCCCGAUUUCACCAAGAAAUUACAGAAUACUAAAGGUCCUAUUGGUGGGGAAGCAACAUUUAAUGUUGAAUUUGAUGGUAAACCACCACCAACUAUACAGUGGUAUAAGAAUGGUAUUAAUAUUGGAAGUUCUGGUAGAUAUAGAAUGAAGCAAGAUGAUGAUAGAGCUUCUUUGGUUAUUAGUGAUAUAUAUGAUACAGAUAAAGGAGAGAUUAAAUGUGUAUUAACUAAUCCACUAGGAACCACAUCUUGUCAUUGUAACUUUGAUGUACAAGCUCCACCACGUGUUGAUAAAGAUAUUAGAGAUCAACAAUGUGAAGCUGGUGAUCAGUUUAAGAUAAAGAUACCAUACAGUGGUACUGGACCAUUUAAUAUCAAGGUCUAUAAGAAUGGUAAAGAACUGCCCGAAAGUGAUAGAUUCAAGAUGUCACCGUUCGAUGAUUAUGUUACCUUGGUAUUGAAAGAUACUGAAGGUGAUGAUACUGGUAAUUAUCGAGUUGAAAUCAGUAAUGAUAGUGGUACAGCUUCUUGUCCAUUUAAACUCAAGGUUGUCAGUCCACCAGGAAAACCAGGCGGUCCUCUACAUGUUUCUGAUAUUACAAAGAAUGCCUGUAGGUUGGCAUGGAAACCACCAAGGGAAGAUGGUGGAGCUAAGAUACAAGGUUAUUGUGUAGAGAGACAGGAAGUGGGUAAACCUUACUGGGUUACUGUCGCUUCUUUAUGCAAGGACACAGCCAUGGAUAUUCAAGGACUAUAUGAAAAUUCUCAGUACUUGUUCCGUGUGUCUGCUGUCAAUACCCACGGCAACUCUGAACCAUUGGAAGCUGAAUCAGCCAUCAUUGCCAAGAUGCCUUUUGAUGCUCCCGAUGCUCCAGGUGUACCCGAAGUUACAGAAGUAGGAGGUGACUUUGUUAGCUUGACCUGGCCUAAACCAGCAUCUGAUGGUGGUGGACGUAUUACUGGCUAUUGGAUAGAGAAGAGAGAAAGUGGUACCGAUAACUGGUCCAAAUGUAAUAUUCAGCCUUGUAUCACCAACAUGUAUAAUAUACCUAAUUUGAUAGAAGAUAGAAAGUAUGAAUUCAGAGUAUUUGCUCAGAAUGAAGCAGGAUUAAGUAAACCAUCCAUGGCCUCCAACACAGUCAAAAUCAAGGAUCCAAAAGCUGCUGUUAUACCUGAAUUUACAUCUGGUUUACGAGCAUGUCAAGCUGUGGAGGGUAAAGCAGCUAGAUUUGAAUGUGAGGUAUCUGGAACUCCCAGACCUGACAUACAAUGGUUCAAGGGUUCUCGUGAAAUUUAUGAGAAUGAUAAAUUUGAGGUUAUCUCGGAAGGUGAUAAACAAAUACUUGUUAUUCAUGAUAUUUAUGGUGAAGAUGCUGAUGAAUAUUCAUGUCGUAUUUCUAAUAAAGGUGGUUCAAGAACAAGCAGAGCUGAUUUAUCUAUUAGAUCACCACCAAAGAUUAAUGUACCACCCAGAUUUAAAGACGUCUGUACAUUUGAGAAAGGUGAAAAUAUCACAAUCAAGAUUCCCUUCACUGGUAAUCCUAAACCAACCGUUAAAUGGAUUCGUGAUGGUGAAGAAUUGAGAGGUUCUCGUUACAACUAUGAGGUCACAGAAAGACAUGCCCUUCUUACUAUUAAAGAGGUAAACAAAGAUGAUGACGGUCCAUACAGAUUACAAUUAGAAAAUGACCUGGGUAGCGACUCAGCUGUUAUUAAAAUACAAGUUAACGAUCGUCCUGAUCCACCAAGAUUCCCAAUUGUGGAGAAUAUACGAGAUGACUCUGUUGUAUUAUCAUGGAAGGCACCAUUAAACGAUGGAGGUAGUUUUAUUACUGCAUAUACUGUAGAGAAGAGAGAACUUCCAUCCAACUCAUGGAUCAGAUGUGCUUCUACAAGAUUCUGUUUCCACAAUGUAACUGGUUUAUCACCUAAUAAAGAAUACGAGUUCCGUGUUUCGGCUGAGAAUUUCUAUGGUAAAAGUGAACCAUGUGAAGCUACUGGAACUAUUAAAACAGACGAACCAGAUGAUGUCAAAAAGAAGCGACAGAUGGAAGAUGAGUUUGGCAGACGUGUUCGAGGCAAAUAUGAUGGUCCUAAGAUUAAUGACUAUGAUAAAUUCUAUGAAGAUAUAUGGAAGAAACAUGUACCACAACCAGUAGAUGUUAAAACAGGCAGUGUUUAUGAUUAUUAUGAUAUUCUAGAAGAACUUGGCAGUGGUGCUUUUGGUGUUGUACAUCGUUGUAUUGAAAAGGCUACUGGUCGAACAUUUGUAGCUAAAUUUAUUAAUUCUCCCUACCCCUGUGAUAAACUAACAGUGAAGAAUGAGAUUAGUGUAAUGAAUCAACUACAUCAUCCUAAGUUGAUUAAUCUACACGAUGCCUUCGAUGAUAAAUAUGAGAUGGUUCUUAUUCUAGAAUUUUUGUCUGGUGGUGAAUUAUUUGAUAGAAUAGCUGCUGAAGAUUAUAAAAUGUCAGAGGCUGAAGUUAUUCACUACAUGCGACAAGUCUGUGAAGGUUUAAAACAUAUGCAUGAAAACAGUAUAGUUCAUUUAGACAUCAAGCCUGAAAAUGUGAUGUGUGACACCAAAAAGGGAACAAAUGUAAAGAUUAUUGAUUUUGGCUUGGCUACUAAAUUAAAUCCAGAUGAAAUUGUUAAGGUGACAACAGCUACUGCUGAAUUUGCUGCCCCAGAAAUAGCUGAACGAGAACCAGUUGGUUUUUACACAGAUAUGUGGGCUGUUGGUGUUUUAGCUUAUGUCUUACUUAGUGGUUUAUCACCAUUUGCCGGAGAAGAUGAUUUAGAAACUUUACAGAAUGUUAAACGUGCAGAUUGGGAAUUUGAUGACGAUGCCUUCUCUAGUGUAUCUGCUGAAGGCAAAGAAUUUAUCAAAGCUCUUCUUCAGAAAGCUCCAGUAAAGAGAAUGACUGUACACGAAUGUUUGGAACACCCAUGGUUGAAGGGUGAUCUUAGUGACAGAACACACAGAAUACCAUCUAGCCGAUAUGACAAGAUCCGACAAAAAAUAAAGGAAAAAUACGCUGAUUGGCCUCAUCCCAUGCCAGCUAUUGGUAGAAUUGCCAACUUCAGUUCUCUCAGGAAGCACAGACCAAAAGAAUACCAGAUUUACGAAAGCUCCUUUGAUCGAAAGGAGGCUGUACCGAGGUUUGUUCGCAAACCCAGGAAUGUACAUGUCACAGAAGGUCAAGUUGCUAAAUUUGAUUGUAAAAUUAUUGCUGCUUCACCUCCUAUUGUCACCUGGUAUUUAGAAAACAGUUUAUUGAAUCAGAGUUACAAAUAUAUGCAGAAAUAUCACGGUAAUGAAUAUGAAUUAAAGAUGAGUAGAGUAACCACAUCAGAUCGAGGCGAGGUCAUGGUUAGAGCUGAAAACUCUUUUGGUAGAAAAGAAAAUACAGCCAAACUUGUUAUCGAUGCCCUUCCUGAUUUACCAAAAAUAGCCAGUAGAGAAAACACACCACGAAAGAAGAGAGUAUCGGAAGAAAAAGUAAUAGAAAAACCAAUUGAAGAUGAACCACCAAACUGGACAUUCGGUCUCCGUCCCCGUCUUAUUCAAGCUGGUUCAGAAUUUAAACUUAUCUCUUGUGUUAAAGCAUAUCCAGUUCCAAAGAUAACUUGGUAUAAAGAUGGCCGUGAACUAACUAAUAAUGAUCAUUAUAAUAUAGAAUAUUCAUCUGGUAUUUGCUCAUUAGAAGUAACAAUGGCUAAAGUAACAGAUACAGGAAAUUAUACAUGUAUUGCUAUAAAUGAUCUGGGUGAAGAAGAAACUAAAUGUAGAGUUGAUGUUGAAGAUAGAACAUAUAAGAAAAAAGAUGAAGAUUCUUCAUCUUCUCGCUCAACAUACUCUAGAUCAGUACGUCGUACCAAAUCUGGACACAACUUUGAAGAUUAUUCCUUCGAAGAAACUUCCACGUCCACGUCCACUUCCACCUCGUCUUCAACUCGUAAAAGUCGAACCAGUCGUACCGAGGAAACAUCUUCAUCCUCACGUACAGAGAGAAAAAGUGCCAUAGAAACAGAGAGAAAGGUUUCGGAAGAAGCACAGGCCCCCCAGUUUUUAGAAAAUUUGUCUCCACAGACGGUCAGAGAGGGUGGUAAAUUACGAUUACAAUGUUCUGCCUCCGGUAAACCAGAACCAUGCUUGGAAUGGUUCUUAAAUGGACAGAUGUUGAAAUCCGACGAUGUUGUAUCUAUAACAACUAGUAAUGGAGUAUCUACGUUAGAAAUAGCUGAUGUUGUUAUUGACGAUGAAGGCGAUUAUGUUUGUAAAGCAUCUAACCCUGCUGGUGUUGCUUCUACUAAAGCAAAUGUUGUUGUUACAGUUUCAGAAAAACCCACCCCCACCCCCAAAGAAAUCCAAUCCACAACUCCUUCCAGUACUAGCACAGAAUGUCCACGAAUAACAGAACAUGUACAAGGUCAAAUUAUUAAAGAUGGUGAUUCAGUAACGUUAAAGUGCUCUAUAUCUGGUAAACCCGAUGUUGUGUGGUCACGCAAUGGUAAAGAAAUAAAAAAUACAGAUGACUUUAGAUAUGAAAACGCUGGAGAUACUUAUAAACUUGUUAUAGCUGAAGUUUUCCCUGAAGAUAGUGGCAUUUAUAAAGUUACAGCUAAUACAGCUGUUGGCAGUGUUUCUAGUGCUUGUACAAUUCAAGUUGUUGUUCCAGAUGAAGAAGUUACUGGACCAAGUUUUGCAACGUAUCCCCAGUCCUCUAAUAUUGAUGAAGGAAGCUCUGUUAAAUUUUCAUGUUCCGUAACCUCGGCUGAGCCAGUUACAGUGAGCUGGAGUCAAGGAGACAGAACAUUAGAAGACACUGGAAGAUUCAGAUUUACCGAAGAAGACAACAAAUUUAGUUUCGAGAUCCCGGCUGCUUUGUCAACAGAUACUGGUUUAUAUACAGUUACUGCUAAAUCAGACAAGGGCACAGCUAGCUGGACAUUUUCGCUCAAUGUUGCCAUCAGUGAAUCUUCUUCUGGGGAUGUAGAUGUUAAAGAAUUAUUGAAAUCUGUAGAGUGAAUACAGUCAAGUAAUAACCAUGACUAGAUAAACUACACAUAAGACAAACAGAUGUAAACAAGAUACUACAAGUUGAUACUACUACAACUUUGAUCUUUUAUCAUUUGAUUUCUAAUAUGUUCAAUUAUUAUAAUAUAUUUUCAAGAAGCGAAAAUUUUGUUCAUUUUUUUUGUAUUUUCUAGUUAAUGGAGAAUCAACCCAAGAGGUGAAAUCUCAAAUCACACUGUAAUUUAUUUUGAUGAACCUGUCUCAAUGUUUGUGAUACUAAUGAGGAAUGUUACAGACAUAAAAAGUAAUAUGAAUUUGUCAUGUUUUGUAUAAUAGUGAAAUGGUUCUAAUGUGAGUCUACUAAAUGAUAAUUGAAAUGAUAACUCCGUCCUUUCUCUUUUCAUUCUGCCCCAUCCCCCUAAGACACUUCCAUGUCCUUUUUUAGUUCAAACAAGAGUAAAAUUACAAGGCUUUGAGCUACUUUUGUACAUAACUCUAGCUAUAUAUGCCUACAUGAUAAUUAUUUAUGUCUCUUAAUAAUAAAAAAGGAAUAAAGUUGAUAAUAUUU